CAUCUGGACGCUCUGGUCUUUAUUUACAUGUUUACAUUCAAAUAAAAUAAAAGUAAUUAAAGUAAUCAGAUACGUUACUUCCGUAUCUAGGGAUACUCCAGUUUGUUAUUAUUACUCCGUCCCCGUCCGUGACGGCAGGGGAGCGUUUUACUUUGAAACUGGACCGGAAGUCGGUGUCCGUGUGUUGUCCGGUGGUCGGUUCCAGUCUGCUGCUCCGUUACUCUUCAUGUCGGUAGUCUAGCGGCGGACGAUCCGGAGCUCCGGGACAACGUCCAUGGAGGAAACGUGAAGUUUUAGCGGAGGAAGAAGGAGAAGAGGAGGAGGAGAAGGAGGAGGACGAGAAGGAGGAGGAGGAGGAGGAGGAGGAGGAGAAGAAGAGAAGAACUUUCCCCCGGCUGCUGUGUGGUCCUCCACCCACCACAGAAGAAGAAGCCUGGUUGUGAUGAGUCGUGAUGGAGGACGAGGACAACAGUCGCUACGUGGCUCAGCUCAGAGCCCACUUCCACAGCUGUGACACCACGGCCACGGGCCUCCUGGACCGGGACCAGCUGACCCAGCUCUGCUCCAGGCUGCAGCUGGAGGCGCAUCAGCCCCCCCUGCUGGAGGCGCUGCUGGGCCGGAGGCAGCAGGUGAACUUUGAGGAGUUUAAGGACGCCUUUGUGGACGUCUUGUCUCGAUCUCUGGACUUCAGCACCUCAGAAGACAGCAGCUACCUGGAGCCAGUCGUUCCUGAGGAGGUGAAGCCAAAGUUCGUGAAGGGAACGAAGCGUUACGGCCGCCGCUCGCGUCCCGACAGUAAACCAGACCCAGAGGACCUGGAGGACCUGGAGGACUCAGCGGCGUCCAGGACCGAGGCCUCGUCCCCGGGUGGCGUCCGCAGGGCCAAAGUGAGACGAGCCACGUCUCUGGAGAGCAUCGAGAGCCUGAAGUCUGAUGAGGAGGCAGGAAGUCCGAAGGAGAGCGUCCCAACGCCCUUCUCCUGUAAAGGGAGUCAGCAGCAGGAGGAGGAGGAGGAGGAGGAGGAGGAGGAGGAGGUGGGGGUCGGAGGAGGUCUGCAGCGCCUCCAUUCUGAGGACGUGGACCGAAGAAUCAGCAUCACUGAGUUCAGGAAGUUUCUGUGUGGCUCCGCCCCCACGUCGUGCUCCACCCCCGUACGAUCAGCUGACCUGCAGGGGGCGCCGUACAGGACUGAACCCAGAUCAGAGGAGGUCUCGGCCUUGGUGGGCCAGAGGGUCCUGAGCCGGCUGGAUGAGGGGUCAGGGUGGACCAGCCCAGAACGGGUGGUGGCCCUCUGGACGGAGGAGGGCAUCAGGAACAGCCGGGACGUCCUGCAGAUGCUGGACUUCCCUCUGGAGGACCGUCUCAGUCUGGCAGACCUGUCUCUGGCUCUGGACAACGAGCUGCUGGUCAGUGGGAACGUUGUUCACCAGGUGGCGCUGGUCUCCUACAAACAGGAGAUCCAGCACCUGCAGGAGCUGGUGGACCAGGCCUGCAGGGAGAGGGACAAGGUGAAGGCCGACCUGGACCUGGUCCACCAGAGGAACCUGCAGCUGGUCCGGGAGGUGGACGAGCACCAGACCAGCAUGGAGACCCUGAACCAGAGCCGGAUCAGGGACCUGGAACAGGACUACCGUGAUAGGCUGGCAGCUCUACGAACUCAGUCGGAGCAGGAGAAUGAGGCGUUGCUUCAGGAGGUGGAGCUAGAGCGGGGAGAGCUGGAGGCGGAGCUACAGCUGCUCAGGGCGAAGGAGGCGGAGCUACAGGAGGAGCUGAGCAGCAUGGCGCAGGAGAACGGGCGUCUGGAGGAGGAGCUCGCUGCCGUGAAGCUGAAGCUGACUGAAGCCCAGAGUUUAGUGGACAGACUGCAGAGAGACCUGGACCAGCUGCUCCACGAUAAGCUGGACAGCCUGGAGUCGGCCGGCCGUCUGGGUCACGAGGAGCGUUUCUCUGAAAUCCUCAAGGAGUAUGAGCAGCAGUGCAGGGAGCUGCGGGACAGGAACGAUGAGCUGAGCUCAGAGCUGGAGCUGCUCAAUCAGAGAAGCAGCAGAAACUUGAGACGAGACCAAACAACAUCGAGCUGGACACAACUACACACAGACACACACUCUGGCGUCUCAGACAUGAAGCGUCACUCGUCUCCUGGUCUCAGGAAGAAGCUGCAGCCUGUGGACAGAGCUGCUCUCUGCUCUCUGGACUCUGGUCCUGGUCCUGGUCCUGGUUCAGAUCCCGGUCCCGGUCCCGGUCCUGGUCCUAUUUCAGAUCCCGGUCCUGGUCCCGGUCCUGGUCCCGGUCCUGGUCCCGGUCCUGGUCCCGGUCCUGGUCCUGCUGUCAGUAUUCAGACUGAACUGGCUCUGGAGCAGCUGCAGCAGAAACACGACCAGGAGCUGCAGCAGCUCAACAUCCAGAUGGAGACGCAGGUGAACUACUACGAACGCAGUCUGGAGCUGAUGAGGCAGAGCAUGGAGGUGGAGAGGAAGGACAUCUCUCAGGCCUUCAAGGUGGAGAUCAGCGAGCUGGAGGAGCAGAAGUCUGAGGUGGAGCAUGAGGUGAAGCAGCUGAAGGAGACGGUGGAGAAACUGCAGGCUCAGAUCCAACAUGGAGGACGAGGAGGAGCAGCAGGAGGAGGAGGAGGAGGGUGGAGCAGCGAGCAGGAGCGGAGAAUGCAGCGGGAGCAGGCCGAGCUGGAGCAGAACUUCGCCAGAGAGAUCAGUAACCUGGUCCAGAGGCUGAGCAGUGAGAAGGAGCAGCUGGAGGCGGAGCUAAAGCUGAAGAUGGACCAGGAAGUGAUGGUGGUCAGGGAGGAGGUGAAGCUGCAGCACGCUGAGGCCCAGCGCCGCCUCCUCCACCAGCUCCACCGUGAGCGGCGGCGGCUGCAGGAGCAGAAAGGAUUCUGGGAGAACCAGCUGGCCAAAAUCUCUCUGGAGAAGAAGGAGAUGGAGGAGAAGCACAAGGAGGAGGUCCAGCGCCUGAGGGAGGCGGUCCAGACGUCCGGCCAAUCAGAAGCCAGCCUGGAGGAGGCUCUGGAGGCGUGUCGCGGGAGGUGCCGUGAGCUGGAGGCCCGGCUGGAGGAGGCCUGCACUCAGCUGGAGGAGAGCAUCGUCUUCUUGGAGUCGGAGGAGCGUCUGAAUCGGUGCCUGGCCUCGGAGAAGACCUCCAUGGAGGAGGAGCUGCAGCAGCUGAGGAGCAGGGAGGAGCAGCUCCUCCUGCGGGUCGGAGACCUCCAGCAGCAGGAGACCCAGCUCCGAGCCGGGGAGCAGACGGCCACCUCCCUCCGGGCGGAGCUGGAGCGCCUGCAGGAGGCGCUGAGGAGUAAAGGCGAGUCCGUGUCCAGACUGGUGGGGGAGCUGGACUCCCUGAAGACGGACCGGACCAGGCUGAUCCAGGACCUGAAGGACCAGGCUAUGGCCGUGGACACCCUGCAGCUGGAGCUGGACGGCGCCUCCCAGGAGCUGGACAGGAGGAGGAGCAGCGAGGAGAGUCUGCAGGAGGCUCUGAAGGAGGAGCAGACCAGAACCUCUCAGCUCCGGUCCAGUCUGGCCGAGGAGCGGGAGGAGGUGGCCCGUCUGAGCCAGGAGAACCGGAGCUACGUCCGGCUGGCCGACCAGCUCUCCACCCAGAUCGUGGAGAUGGAGGAGGAGAUCUCCUCCCUCAGAGACCACCUCCGGGACCUCAGCUCCCAGCUCAACGACACCGCAGACCUGGUCUUGGACCUCCGCACACAGCUCAACUCCAAAGCCCGCAUCCACCCGGAGGCCCGGGACCAGGAGCAGCUCCUCCAGCUGCAGAGGGCCCUGCAGGACUCCCAGAGCCAGCGGAGGAGCACGGAGGAGGAGCUGGACCGGGAGAAGAGGAGGAUGACGCAGCAGCUGUUGGAGCUGGAGCAGCUGGUUCUGGCUCUGGAGGAGGUGACGGACCCGGCCAGUCCUCACAGGAGUCAGUUGGAGGAGAUCCGAUCGGAGAACGGGGCUCUGCAGGAGAGACUGAGCGUCCUGCAGCAGGAGGUCCACAACCUGGAGGACGAGGUGGACAAGAGGAGGAGGAAACUGGAGGAGAUGGAGAGAGAACACGAGAGGAGCAGAGAAGAGGAGGAGAGGCUCCACAGGGAGAACUCCAGGUACCGUGAGGAGGUUCUGGAUCUGAGCAGUCGCAACCUGCAGCUGAGCAACGACAACGCGGAGCUGAGCGCCCGUCUCCGUGGAGACCAGGAGUCGGUCCGGAUGCUGCGGGAGCGCCUGGCGACGGUCUCCAAGGAGCGAGAGGAGGAGGGAGCUACGAUGCGGCGGCUGCAGGACGCAGCGAUGCAGCAGGAGAGGGAGAAGCUGCAGCUUCAGACGACCUGGACGCAGGACAAACAGCUGCUGGAGAAAGAGCUGAACUCCUGCAAGGACAAGCUGGGACGACAGUCGGAGCUGGAGGCGGAGCUCAGGAGCGUGAGGCUGAAGCUGCAGUGGACGGAGGAGGACAAAGAGAAGCUGCUGAGAGACGCCGACGAGCAAAACAACAAGGUGGAGCAGCUGCAGCAGAGGCUGAUCUCUCUGGAGUCGGAGGUGGAGCUGCUUCGCUCUCAGCUUCACGCCGUCAACCAGGAGAAAGUGAUGAGCGCUCAGACGGCGGCCGACCUGCAGGGGGCGCUGCAGGACGCUCAGAGCCAGGUGGAGCAGUUGGAGCUCAGCGUCAGGGAGCUGGUGAAGGAGAAGGAGGAGCUCCGUCGGGUCCUGGAGGAGCAGGAGGAGCAGGCCUCCAUCACUCUGCAGGAGGAGACGCACAAACUGAGAGUCCAGAACCAGGAGCUCCAGCAGCAGCUGUCAAAGCAUCAGGACCAGGACCUGAAGGUCCACAAACUGAACCAGGAGCAGCAGGACCUGAGGAGCCGACUGGACCAGGCUCAGAACCAGGCGGAGCGUUCCGGCGCCACCAUCAGUCUCCUGCAGGCGCAGCACCUGAAGCAGCUGCAGGAGGUGAAGCAGCGUUCAGGAGACGGCUACAAGGAGCAGGUGGAGCUGCUGGAGGUCCGACUGGAGGAGGAGCAAGGGAGGAGUCGGCAGCUGGAGGAGGCACUGAGGCAGCAGAGCAGCUCCCAGAUCAGCAGCAAGCAGGGCCAGUACGAGAAGACGGUGUGCGGCCUGCAGCAGAGGGUGGAGGAGCUGGAGACCAAAGUGAAGGCGAUGCGUCUGGUCCUGCAGGAGAAGGUCCAGCAGCUCAAAGAGCAGUUGGCCAAGAACUCGAGGUGGAGUGCGCUGCUGAAGGACCUGUACGUGGAGAACUCUCAGCUGAUGAAAGCGCUGCAGGUCACCGAGCUGCAGCACAAAGAGGCAGAGAAGAAGAAGUUCCUGCUGGAGGAGAAGGUCGCAGCCCUCAACAAGCUGCUGAGGGAAAUCGUCCCCGCGUCACUCGCCACGUGACCCCUCCCACCACGUCAGCUCUUCUUUCACCUCCAUCCACAGAGACAACUUUUAUUUGAAGGGUUUCAUUGAUGUCCUCCUCAAAGAGCCCAGGCCUCAGUGCCUGACCUCCACCAGACUCCAUUUAAAUAGUGAUGGAUUUAACAGAUGGAGGCGCUGUCUGAGUCACCCACUCUCAACUGUUCCAGUAUUAAGUGUCUUUAUGCACCACUGUUGGUUUUAUAUGUUGAAAUGAGUCACAGCUUCUGUUUUAUCCCAAUGAACCAAAACUCACCUGUGGACCAAAGUGUGAGACCAACAUUUAACAUUAAAGUCAGUUUUAUCACAA